AUGUCGCCAAAGGUCUUCUUCGUCACAGGAACAUCCACCGGCUUCGGUGCCGAGUACGUCAAGAAAAUCAUCUCGGAAGGUGAUCAUGCAGUCGCUACUGCUCGCAACUCAUCCAAGCUUGAGAAGCCAGAAGGUGCAACAGAUGAGAACUACCUUGCUGUAGAUCUGGACGUUACCAAGAAAGAGUCCAUUGAAGCUGCAUUCAAGAAGGCCAUCGAGAAGUUUGGGCGUCUGGAUGUCGUUGUCAAUAACGCUGGAUACGGUCUCGCUGGCGAGUUCGAGAGUUUGAGCGAGGAGCAGAUUCGCAAGCAGAUGGAAGUCAACUUCUUCGGCCUCAUUGACGUGACCCGCAAAGCUCUUGAGACGAUGCGCGGCCAGAAGCCUCAAGGCGGUGUAAUCCAACAAGUCACUUCUAUCGGAGGCCAACGCGGUGUACCAUUCUUCUCCAUCUACUGCGCCUCCAAAUGGGCUGUAGAAGGUUACACUGAAGCACUAUCAAAAGAGCUCAAGCCCGAAUGGAACAUCUCACUCACCUGCAUCGAACCCGGCGGUUUCCGCACCGAUUGGGCAGGCAGAAGCAUGGACUUUGGUGCCAACAAGAACGAGGCUUAUGACCAUCUCGAUGCCAAGUCUUCCAUGGGACAAAGAAAUGGCAAGCAGGCUGGUGACCCCAAGAAGGGUGCCAGGUGCAUGUACGAAUUGGCUGUCAUGAAGGACCCGCCGUUGAGAUGUGUUAUCGGCACUGAUGCUUAUGCUGCCAUCAAUGAGAAGCUGGAUACGUACAGGGAGAACGUCAAGAAGUUCGAGAAGCUGAGUAACAGCACUGAUGUUGAUGGUUACAAGCCUCCGUCUUAG